GUCUUCGCGGCAUCUCGCGAGGCCGAAAAGUUCCCCCGUCGAUCCUAUCUCCAACUUGCAGCGUCCACCUAUUCAAUUGCCCAGCAUCAUGUCGUCCCGUUCCGCCUGGCGAGCACUGCACCACAGUGCCAAGCGCCGUGCUUUCCAACCAGCUACUCCCUACCGCUGCUUCUCCUGCACCCGCCGAGCCCAGGACCAGCCCAAGUCCGAGCAGGACCGCAUGACACACUUCGGCUUCACCAAUGUGCCUGAAUCCGAGAAGGAGUCGCGAGUGGGCGCCGUUUUCAGCUCCGUCGCAUCUUCCUACGACACAAUGAAUGACCUGAUGUCUCUGGGCAUCCACCGCCUGUGGAAAGACCACUUCGUGCGCUCUCUGAACCCCGGCUCCCCUCUCCCAGCUGGCCCCCACCGCAAGGGAUGGAACAUCCUCGACAUCGCCGGCGGGACCGGCGACAUCGCCUUCCGCAUGCUCGACCACGCCACAAACAUCAACCACGACAUUGAGACCCGCGUGACAAUCAGCGACAUCAACGCCGACAUGCUAGCCGAAGGCCGCAAGCGAUCCGUCCAAACCCCCUACUACAACACGUCGCGACUGGACUUCGUCGAAGCCAACGCCGAGCACAUGCCGCAUAUCCCAGAUGCGUCGGUGGAUCUGUACACCGUUGUCUUUGGGAUCCGCAAUUUCACGGAUAAGCAGGCUGCGCUGAACGAGGCGUUCCGUGUUCUCAAGCCCGGUGGUGUUUUUGCGUGCAUGGAGUUCAGUAAGGUGGACAACCCUGUCUUUGAUGCUAUCUACAAGCGCUGGAAUUUCAGUGCUAUUCCUAUGAUUGGGCAGCUUGUUGCUGGGGAUCGCGAUAGUUAUCAGUACCUGGUUGAGAGUAUUGAACGCUUCCCCAGUCAAGAUGAGUUCCGGGGCAUGAUUCAGAAGGCCGGGUUUAUGAUUCCUGGUAAGGGCUAUGAGAAUCUGACGGGUGGCAUUGCUGCUAUUCACAAGGGUAUCAAGCCCGUUGUGAAGGCGUAA